AUGCCAACAACACAAAAACCAUGGGCCAGAUCUGCCCCAUCUCUUUAUCAUCACAUCUCCUCCGUGAAACCAAAAUUCAUCACUCGUGUAGACGAUGUUCUCCAUUUCACCAAAACAUUGACGUUUAGAAGCGAGAUCAUUCCCAACAAGGCCAAGGGUACCCUUACUGCCAGUCUUCUUUAUUCACAGGGAAGUGACAUUUACGAAAUUGAUUGUGAUUUGCCGCUGGCUUCAUUCUAUCAAACCAUUACAGGAAACGGGAAGGACUCCUCAUCGACAUUAUCAUCAUUACCCAAUUCAGAAUACGGGGAUGCAUUCAAAGGAGUAGAGGACACCAAACUAUCCACGAAAUGGAUCUAUGCUGGUGAAACGGUGACCAAAAUGAGUUAUUUGGAUAGUUCAUUAGACAGUACCAUAAUUGCCAUGUCGAAGAACGGAUCUCUUGCAUGGUUCAAAGAUGGAUGUAAAGUACCCAUCCAUAUUGUACAAGAAAUGAUGGGACCCGCCACUAGAUUUUCAUCCAUCCAUUCUCAUGUAAGGCCAGACUCACUAGCGGUAUCUGAUUUUUGUCUUUCUGCCAAUUUGGAUACCGUGGUAAAAUCUCAAAGUAGUGGGACAGAGGAAGAUUCCAUUUUAAAAGUUAUCGAUAAUUCAGGGAGACCAGGUGAUAUUUUGCGUACCAUUCAUGUUCCAGGGACCACGGUGACACAUUCGGUAAGAUUUUUCGAUAAUCAUCUUUUUGCAUCGUGUUCCGAUGAUAACAUUUUAAGAUUUUGGGAUACGAGAACUUCCAAGAGACCCCUUUGGAUUCUCAACGAGCAUCAAAAUGGGAGAUUGACCUCUUUUGACACAUCACAAGUGACUAAUGAAUUGUUCGUGACAGGGUUUAGUACGGGUGUCAUCAAACUAUGGGAUGUUCGUGCCGUGGAGACUGCGACUACAGAUUUGACACAUAGACAAAAUGGUGAAGACCCCAUUCAAAAUGAAUUGUUAAGCUUGUAUCACUCUGGUGGGGACUCCGUUGUGGAUGUACAAUUCUCACCAACGUCAUCGUCAGAAUUUUUGACUGUGGGUAGCACGGGGAAUGUGUAUCAUUGGGAUACGGAGUAUUUCUUUUCUAAAUAUGAUGAUGAUAAUGAAGAUGAAGCCUCUAUGGAUAAUGCUACACCUGAAGAGUUACAAGGACAAUGUUUGAAGUUCUUCCAUACCGGUGGAAGUAGGAGAUCGAGUAAUAGUCAAUUUGGUAAGAAGAACACGGUUGCUUGGCAUCCAGUCAUUGACGAUUUGGUCGGGACAGUGGACGCGAAUAGUUUAGUAACUGUAUACAAGCCCUUUACAGGGAGGGAUCUUUGA